GUGGUGAAUUUCAGAAAUUUCACCGCAGAGAGAAGAAAGAAGGGGUUCUGGUUUCACAACUCACAACAACAACAACAACACCUCUUUCUCUUCCUUCUUCAACAGUGUUUUCCUUUUCUUUAUUUAUAUAUAUUUUUCUAUUCACUUUUUUCUUUUUAUAUUUACCCAUAAAAACCAAACUCGCAAAUUCCAAACCCGAAAUCGCCAUCUUUGAAUCAUACCCAUUUUUUAUUUUUGGUUUUUCUCUUUCUCUCUCGCGUUGAAGGUUGCAGAUUUUGACCCUUGAAUCGCUGAAUCGAACUGCCGUUCAGUGGUGGGGUCGUUUCGGAGUGGCAUAACGCGUUGUUGAGAUGAGAAAAACUUGCAUGGUUUGUGUCUGCAUAGAGUUGUUGUAGCAGAGCUUCUUCUUCUUCUUAUUAUUAUUCAUGGCAGAGAAGCGCGUGUAUGAAGCAUGGAAAGGAAGUAAUAAAUUCCUAUUUGGAGGAAGGUUGAUAUUUGGACCUGACGCUAGGUCACUACUUGUCACCUUGUUGCUGAUCAUUGUUCCAGUUAUCAUCUUUUGUGUAUUUGUAGCAAGGCAUCUUCGGCAUCAAUUUUCCUCAUAUAAUGCAGGAUAUGCUAUAUUGGUGGUGGCUGUUCUGUUCAAUAUUUAUGUGUUGAUUCUUCUCUUUCUUACUUCCUCACGUGAUCCGGGCGUUAUUCCGAGGAAUUUACACCCACCCGAGGAAGAGUUCCGUUAUGACUCUUCAGUUUCUGUUGAUAUUGGGGGACGACAGACUCCAAGCCUUCAGUUCCCUAGAACAAAAGAAGUAAUGGUCAAUGGGCAUCCUGUAAGGGUGAAGUAUUGUGAUACUUGUAUGCUUUAUCGUCCUCCUCGAUGUUCACACUGCUCCAUUUGCAACAAUUGUGUUGAACGUUUUGAUCACCAUUGCCCUUGGGUGGGCCAAUGUAUUGGGCUGAGGAACUACCGUUACUUCUUUCUGUUUGUUUCUUCAGCAACUAUUCUAUGUAUCUAUGUGUUUUCCAUCUCAGCUUUUUACAUCAAGGUUCUGAUGGAUCAUUAUAAUGGGACAGUCUGGAGGGCAAUGAAAGAAUCCCCUGCAUCUGUAGUAUUAAUGGGAUAUUGUUUCAUCUCUUUAUGGUUUGUUGGUGGACUAACCGGCUUUCAUUUGUACCUUAUUGGCACAAAUCAGACUACCUAUGAGAACUUCCGGUACAGAGCUGAUAACAGGGUCAAUGUCUAUAAUCGGGGUUGUUUAAAUAAUUUCCUGGAAGUAUUUUGUACGAAAGUGAAGCCAUCAAGGAACAAUUUCCGAGCUUUUGUUCAAGAGGAGGUACCAAGGCCACCCCCUCCGGUCAUUUCGCGAGAUCCUGAACCAGAUCAUGGUGGGGAUCCCCGUUCAAAGGUUGAAGAUGAUCUAGAUAUCGGUGAAGACCUAUUAAAGAUAUCACAGCGUCGGAAUAUUGAAGAGAUUGAUGAGGAAAUUCGGAGCAGAGGGAGCAAUGGGGCUCCCCAUAACAUAUCUGAAGUUGAUUCUGUUUUGGGCUCAGAUCGACGAGCUCCAACAAUUCGAUCUGAAGCAAGGCACUCGAGCGAGGGAAGAACUGGAAGCUGGGAAAUUGCACCAGAGGCCCUUGCCAAUUCAAAUGUAACUGAAAGUAGAAACUAUUUUGCAGCAAAGGAAGUGCGACAAAAACUUGGUGGGUCUUUCUGAUAUUUGCACAGGUAUCAAUGUAGAAGAUGCGGGUUACUUAGAUAUUAAAGAUGGAAAAAGGAAAGGGUCCUUGAUCAGAUUAUAGGAAUGGGAAUUGAAUUGAUUGAGGCAUCAAGUACAAAAACUUAUUUGAUCUUUUUUGUGGUAAGCUUAGCUCUUUUGGGAAGAAUAGAAAUGUGUGUAAUUUUCGAGAGACAAAGGAAUAGUGUCUUUGUUUUCUUUUUUCUAUAUUUUUUUUUCUACAGUCCAAUAUGUGGAUUGCAUCUUGGCUUUAUUCAUUGUGUAAAUAACCAGUUGUGAUGCGAAAAGAAUUUCUCUGCAUAAUGCAUUUUAGGCAUUGUAAAAACUGGUUCCUCUGUUAGAAGGCUUUUAUCAUCCAUGCUAUUUUGGUACUGUUUAUCUG